AUGCAGAGGAAUGGUCCUGAUUUUGCUGAGUUCAGAAGACACCAAAGAAUUCAAGGCUUGUUCAUUGCAGAAACCCAAUUCAGAGAUCAGGGCUCCAUCCUCUGGGAUUCUCUCCAUCCUCUGGGAGAGAAACUGCAUGAGUGUCUGGAUUGUGGGAAAAGUUUCAGUCAGAAUUCACAGCUGGUGAGACACCAGAGGACUCACACAGGAGAGAAACCAUAUGAGUGUCCGGAUUGUGGGAAGCCUUUCAAUCAGAAUUCCAACCUGGUGAUGCACAAAAGGACUCACACAGGAGAGAAACCGUAUGAGUGUCUGGAUUGUGGGAAAAGUUUCAGUAAGAAUUCCAGUCUAGUAAUACACCAGAGGACUCACACAGGAGAGAAACCAUGUAUGUGUUUGGAUUGUGGGAAAAGUUUCAGUCAGAAUUCACACUUUGGUUGCAAUAGCUCCCUGGUGAUUCAUCGAAGGACCCACACUGGAGAGAAGCUAAAGCAGUGCUCUCAAUGUGGCAAAAGCUUUAGCAGGCACGCCAGCCUGGUGCAUCACAGGAGGACUCACACAGGAGAGAAACCGUAUGAGUGUCUGGAUUGUGGGAAAAGUUUCAAUUGGAAUUCCAACCUGGUAAUUCACCAGAGGACUCAUACUGGAGAGAAACCGUAUGAGUGUCCAGAUUGUGGGAAAAGUUUCAGUCAGAAUUACAACCUGGUGAGACACCAGAGGACUCACACAGGAGAGAAACCGCAUGAGUGUCUGGAUUGUGGGAAAAGUUUCAGUCGGAAUUCCAACCUGGUGAGACACCAGAGGACUCACACAGGAGAGAAACCAUAUGAGUGUCUGGAUUGUGGGAAGCCUUUCAAUCAGAAUUCCAACCUGGUGAUACACCAUAGGACUCACACAGGAGAGAAACCAUAUGAGUGUCCGGAUUGUGGGAAGCGUUUCAGUCAGAAUUCACAGCUGGUGAUGCACAAGAGGACUCACACAGGAGAGAAACCGUAUGAGUGUCUGGAUUGUGGGAAAAGUUUCAGUAAGAAUUCCAGUCUAGUAAUACACCAGAGGACUCACACAGGAGAGAAACCGUGUAUGUGUUUGGAUUGUGGGAAAAGUUUCAGUCAGAAUUCACAGCUGGUGAUGCACAAGAGGACUCUCACAGGAGAGAAACCAUAUGAGUGUCCAGAUUGUGGGAAAGAGUUCAGACUUAGGUCUAGCCUUAUAAAUCAUGUAGGUUUACACGUAGGAGAGAAACCGUUCAAAUGCCCAGACUGUGGACGGUGCUUCACAAACAAUUCCUCCCUCAGCAGACACAAGAAAAGGCACAUGAGGCAGAAGGUGAGGAAUGUAGAGGAGGCUUGAAUUUCACAUCUCAUCUACCUUUGGGCAUCCCCCUGAAAAGUUAAGUAUUUAAUUUCUGGCCUGAUUCUUUGUAGUCAAAUAUGUCUCAGUAUUAGAGAUGAGGGGGGGGGGGAGAAAAGAAAUGGAAAAUGUUAGUUUGAGAAAGGCUAACUAAACAUUUCUGGCUAUCAGCAGAAGUUCCCAGUAAGCUGCUGCAGGUCUUAAAAGAUACAAAAAAGAUAGGUGCACUCAGAUUUUAUGAGAGAAUCCGUUAGGGACAAGCGUGGCAGUAGUGUAAAGUUUCAGAUGUAGAGGCUCUUCUGCCUUGCAGUUGAACAGGGCUUCUUUUUAAGUUUUCCCUAAGAAUGCCUACAAGUAAAGGGUGGAAAAUGAUUUGGAGCUGCUAAGUGGGAUUUUAGCUAUGCAGAUCAAUGAUCCUGAUUUUGCUGAGUUCAGAAGACACCAAAGAAUUCAAGGCUUGUUCAUUGCAGGAGCCAAUUCAGAGAUCAGGUUAUAAUCCCCUUUUCCCCCCUAGUAGAUCACUUUGCAUAUGAUCCCUCUGCAGGAGGAGACCCAACAGCCAGGACCAGGCCAGGGGUGGGGAGGAAGCAAGAGGCUCUUUUGGCCUUAGGCACAAGCUCCGAGUGGGUUCACAUUUAAUGGUCUGCAAAGUUGUUAUAACUUCAAUAUAAAAUAUUCCAAGUUGAAUAUUUUAUAUUCGAAUUAUAUUUAAUUCUCUCUUUCUUCCUCUCUCUUGCUCUUUUUUGGUGCUGUAUUGUUGUGCACAUCUG